CUUGUUUACAAUAUUUUUUUUUCUUAGAAUUAAGCAGAAUGAAACCAAGGUCACAAUCUCACCUUCAACCUUCAAGCCUCUUUAAUAGCUUCAACAUUCCGUUGUUAUUUUAUGUUUUUAUUUUGUUAGUUUCUUUGGAGGUUACUGAAUCACGGAUCCUAGUUAAGACACUGCCAGGUUGGCUUGGUAAUCUUCCUUUCACACUCGAAACUGGUUAUAUUGGGGUAGGGGAAUCCAAUGACGUGCAAUUAUUUUACUACUUCUUUGCAUCUGAAGGGACCCCACAAAGCGACCCUCUCAUUCUUUGGCUUACCGGAGGGCCGGGUUGUUCCGCUCUUUCUACCAUUCUGUAUGAAAUAGGCCCUUUCACUUUCAACUAUGUAAAUUCCACUUUGGAGAAGCCAACGCUCGAGAAAAACCCUUAUAGUUGGACAAAGGUGGCCAACAUAAUAUUCCUCGAUCAACCUGCUGGGACCGGAUUUUCCUAUGCAAAAACUCGUGCCGCUUACAUAACAAAUGAUACGUUAUCAUCAAUGCAUGCAUACCAUUUUCUGAGGAAGUGGCUUGUGGAUCAUCCUAAAUUUCUCAACAAUCCAUUUUAUCUUGGAGGUGAGUCCUACAUGGGCAUAGUGGCACCAAUGAUUGUUAACGAAAUAUACAAAGGUAAUGAAGUUGGAGAAGGGCCACAGAUAAAGAUAAAGGGGUACAUGCUUGGUAAUCCUCUAACAGACACAAGUGGCGACUAUAAUUCAAGAAUCCCAUUUCUUCAUCAUAUGGGACUCUUAUCAAAUGAAAUCUACAAAUCUGCUAAAGAAAAUUGCCACGGAAAGUACUUGGAUGUAGAUCCCAACAACCAUCGUUGCAUAAAUGAUCUUAAAGUUGUGGAUAAGUGUAUUGGAAGAAUUAACAAGCCCCAAAUUCUAGAGCCUGCGUGUGACACUUCAAAUACCUUAAAAUCUGAUGACUUCGGGAGAGGCUUAGUAUCUCUUGACAAGGCCUCUAUGGAUAUAUGGUCGUUACCUCAAGUUCGGAUACAAGGGUGUCGCGAUGACCACUAUAUAUACAGCUAUGUAUGGGCUAACCGCAGAGACGUACGAGAGGCUCUUCAUAUUGAUGAGGAAUUCGAUGAAAUCAAAUGGGUGCGGUGCAAUGAAAGUCUGUUUUUUGAUUUUUUUACCGAACCCAUAUCUAACACACACAAUGUCCUCAAUACUGUUGCCUAUCAUAAACACCUUGCCAAUAAAAAUUGUCGCGCUCUUGUAUUCAGUGGAGAUCAUGACAUGGUCGUUCCAUAUUUGGGAACAAUGCAUUGGAUUAAAUCUCUAAAUUUUUUAGUUGUGAAUGAAUGGAGACCUUGGUUUGUUGACAAACAAGUAGCUGGAUACACCAUGAAAUAUUCAAACCAUGAAUACAACUUGACAUAUGCUACUCUAAAGGGAGGAGGUCACACAACUCCAGAGUACAAACCUAAAGAAUGUUUAAGCAUGCUGAUAAGGUGGCUCGCAAAUGAUGUUUUGUAAGAAAUAAUAGUGGAAUUUGAUAUUUAUGCCUUAUAAGGAUCGAGGGUUUUAAGUUCGCGCGUUGCAUCAGGAGUUUAACUAAUAAUUUUUGUUGAAAGUAAAUUGCUAUAAACAUAAUAACUAAUACGAAUCUAACA